UGGCGCCUAGUGUUUGGCGCAUGCUCCUUGAUGCCCUGCGGCGCGACGCUCCGAGGCUCGGGAACGCGCACGCAACUCGUCGCCGUUGGCUGACUUCCGGUGAUGCCAAAGCCGUUUCCGCGGAAUCAGGCUGGCUGGUGAGGGUGCAGAAUGGAACAAAAGUGGGACUUUUAAAAUGUUGCCCUGUAAGAAGAGACGAACUGCAGUGACAGAGUCCUUACAGCAUAAAGGCGAUCAGGAGGAAAACAGUGUAGGCCUAGAAUCAGCUGUUCAACCAGAAUCUGACCAGGUAAAGGACUUGAGGUCAGUGUCACUGUCCUGGGAUCCAGGUCAUGGCCGAGUAGCUGGCUUUGAAGUACAAUCUGUGCAGGAUGCAGGAAAUCAGCUUGGUAUGGAAGAUACAUCUCUGAGCUCUGGGAUGCUCACCCAGGACACAAGUGUACCUAUUCUAGAAGGUGUUGAUGUGGCCAUCUCUCAGGGAAUUACGCUACCUUCGUUGGAGUCUUUUCACCCUCUUAAUAUACGCAUUGGUAAAGGAAAACUCCAGGCUACUGGCUCAAAGAGAGGGAAGAAAAUUACACUCCGGCCCGGGCCAGUUACCCAAGAAGACAGACGUGAUCAUCCUAUCCUAAAGGAGCCUUUUUCAGGAGAGCCUAGUGAAGUAGUCAAGGAAGAAGGAGGAAAACCUCAAAUGCAUUCUGAAGGGGAGAUACCUUCACUGCCACUAGGCAGCCAAUCUGUAAAACCAGGAACCCAGCCCAGGAAAUCAACCCAGCUAGAUGUUUGUGCCUUUUCUCAAGAAAAGCCACCUAGGACUCUGAUUCACCAACCUGACGAAGAGAUAGAAGAUGGUGGACUCUUUAUUCCAAUGGAAGAACAAGACAAUGAAGACAGUGAGAAAAGGAGAAAAAAGAAAAAGGGUACCAAGAGGAAACGAGAUGGAAGGGGUCAAGAGGGGAACUUGGCUUGUGACCUGAAACUGGAUGACAUGCUGGACCGUACCUUGGAGGAUGGUGCCAAGCAGCACAAUCUAACAGCGGUCAAUGUCCGAAACAUUCUUCACGAAGUGAUCACAAAUGAACAUGUGGUAGCUAUGAUGAAAGCAGCCAUCAGUGAGACAGAAGAUAUGCCAAUGUUUGAGCCUAAAAUGACACGCUCUAAACUGAAGGAAGUAGUGGAAAAAGGAGUGGUAAUUCCAACAUGGAAUAUUUCACCAAUUAAGAAGGCCAAUGAAAUUAAGCCUCCUCAGUUUGUGGAUAUCCACCUUGAAGAAGAUGAUUCCUCAGAUGAAGAAUAUCAACCAGAUGAUGAAGAAGAAGAUGAAACUGCUGAAGAGAGCUUACUGGAAAGUGAUGUUGAAAGCACUGCUUCAUCUCCACGAGGGGCAAAGAAAUCCAGAUUGAGACAGUCUUCUGAGAUGACUGAAACAGAUGAGGAAAGCGGCAUAUUAUCAGAGGCUGAGAAAGUCACCACACCAUCCAUCAGGCACAUCAGUGCUGAGGUAGUGCCUAUGGGGCCCCCGCCCCCUCCAAAGCCGAAACAGACCAGAGAUAGUACUUUUAUGGAGAAGUUACAUGCGGUAGAUGAGGAGCUGGCUUCCAGUCCAGUCUGCAUGGAUUCUUUCCAGCCCAUGGAUGACAGUCUCAUUGCAUUUCGAACCCGUUCUAAGAUGCCUCUGAAAGAUGUUCCCCUGGGCCAACUAGAGGCAGAGCUCCGAGCUCCAGACAUUACUCCAGAUAUGUAUGACCCCAAUACAGCAGAUGACGAGGACUGGAAGGUGUGGCUAGGGGGACUUAUGAAUGAUGACGUGGGGAAUGAAGAUGAAGCAGAUGAUGAUGAUGAUCCAGAAUAUAAUUUCCUGGAAGACCUUGAUGAACCAGACACAGAGGAUUUCCGGACUGACCGGGCAGUAAGAAUCACGAAAAAGGAAGUAAAUGAGCUGAUGGAAGAGCUGUUUGAAACUUUCCAAGAUGAAAUGGGAUUCUCCAACAUGGAAGAUGAUGGCCCAGAAGAGGAGGAACGUGUGGCUGAGCCUCGACCUAACUUUAACACCCCUCAAGCUCUACGGUUUGAGGAACCACUGGCCAACCUGUUAAAUGAACAACAUCGGACAGUGAAGGAGCUAUUUGAACAGCUGAAGAUGAAGAAAUCUUCAGCCAAACAGCAGCAGGAGGUAGAGAAGGUUAAACCCCAGAGUGAGAAAGUUCAUCAGACUCUGAUUCUGGACCCAGCACAGAGGAAGAGACUCCAGCAGCAGAUGCAGCAGCACGUUCAGCUCUUGACCCAAAUCCACCUUCUUGCCAACUGCAACCCCAAUCUCAAUUCGGAGGCCAGUACCACCAGGAUAUUUCUUAAAGAGCUGGGAACCUUUGCUCAAAGCUCCAUCGCCCUUCACCAUCAGUACAACCCCAAGUUUCAGACCCUGUUCCAACCCUGUAACUUGAUGGGCGCUAUGCAGCUUAUCGAAGACUUCAACACACAUGUCAGCAUUGACUGCAGCCCUCAUAAAACUGUCAAGAAGACUGCCAGUGAAUUUCCCUGUUUGCCAAAGCAAGUGGCUUGGAUCCUGGCCACAAACAAGGUUUUUAUGUAUCCAGAGUUACUUCCAGUGUGUUCCCUGAAGGCAAAGAAUCCCCAGGAUAAGAUCCUCUUCACCAAGGCUGAGGACAAUUUGUUAGCUUUAGGACUGAAGCAUUUUGAAGGGACUGAGUUUCCUAAUCCUCUGAUCAGCAAGUAUCUUCUAACCUGCAAAACUGCCCGACAACUGACAGUAAGAAUCAAGAACCUCAACAUGAACAGAGCUCCGGACAACAUCAUUAAAUUUUAUAAGAAGACCAAACAGCUUCCAGUCUUAGUAAAAUGCUGUGAAGAGAUCCAACCACAUCAGUGGAAGCCACCUAUAGAGAGAGAAGAACACCGGCUCCCAUUCUGGUUAAAGGCCAGUCUGCCAUCCAUCCAGGAAGAACUGCGGCACAUGGCUGAUGGUGCUAGAGAGGUAGGAAAUGUGACUGGAACCACGGAGAUCGGCUCAGAUAGAGGCCUAGAGAAAGACAACUCGGAGUUGGGGAGUGAAACUCGGUACCCACUGCUAUUGCCUAAGGGUGUAGUCCUGAAACUGAAGCCAGUUGCCAACCGUUUCCCCAGGAAGGCUUGGAGGCAGAGGCGUUCAUCAGUCCUGAAGCCCCUCCUUAUCCAGCCCAGCCCCUCUCUCCAGCCUAGCUUCAACCCUGGGAAAACACCAGCCCGAUCAACUCAUUCAGAAGCCCCUCCAAGCAACGUGGUGGUCCGAAUUCCUCACCUGAUCCAGCCAGCCACUGUCUUACAGACAGUUCCAGGCGUCCCUCCACUGGGGGCGAGUGGAGGUGAUGGUUUUGAGUGUCCUGCAGCACUGCCUGCUCUGCCCCCUGAGGCCAGGACCAGCUUCCCUCUGUCUGAGUCCCAGACGUUGCUCCCUUCUGCCCCUGUGCCCAAGGUCAUGCUGCCCUCUCUUGCCCCUUCUAAGUUUCGAAAGCCAUACGUGAGACGGAGACCCUCAAAAAGAAGGGGAGCCAAGGCCUCUCCCUGUAUGAAACCUGCCCCUGUUAUCCAUCCUGCACCUGUUAUCUUCACUGUUCCUGCUACCACUGUGAAGAUUGUGAGCCUUGGCAGCGGCUGUAACAUGAUCCAGCCUGUCAAUGCAGCUGUGGCCCAGAGUCCCCAGACUAUUCCCAUCACCACCCUCUUGGUUAACCCUACUUCGUUCCCCUGUCCAUUGAACCAGCCGCUUGUGGCCUCGUCUGUCUCACCCUUAAUUGUUUCUGGCAAUUCUGUGAAUCUUCCUAUACCAUCCGCCUCUGAAGAUAAGGCCCAAGUGAAUGUGGACAUUGCUUGUGCUGUGGCUGAUGGGAAAAAUGCCUUUCAGGGCCUAGAACCCAAAUUAGAGCCGCAGGAAGUAUCUCCUCUUGCUGCUACUGUUUUCCCCAAAGUGGAACAUAGCCCAGGGCCUCCACCAGCAGAUACAGAGUGCCAAGAAGGAUUGUCAGAGAACAGUGCCUAUCACUGGACUAUUGUGAAAACAGAGGAGGGAAGGAAAGCUCUGGAGCCACUGCCUCAGGGCAUCCAGGAGUCUCUAAACAACUCUACCCCUGGGGUUUCAGAGGAAAUUGUCAAGAUGGAACCCGAAGAUCCUGGAGAAAAAAUCAGUGGAUCCCCAGAGCAUGACAUUUGUGAUGACAUUAAAGAGGAACAUGCUGUGGAAUUAGACACUGGCACCCCAAGUGAGGAGUUGAGCAGUGCUAGAGAAGUAAAUAAACAGACGGUCUUACAGAAGGAAGAGGAGAGGAGUCAGCCAACUAAAACUACUUUAUCUUCUCAAGAGCCCCCUGAUGAAGGAGUCUCAGGGACAGAUGUGAGCAAAGGAUCAUCAAAGAAUGCUUCUUCCUUGAUGGAUCCUGAAGGGAUGCUUAGUAGCCCCCAAGGGAAGCCAGAAGACUCAUCCAGUGUUGAUGGUCAGUCAGUGGGGACCCCCGUUGGGCCAGAAAUUGGAGGAGAGAAGAAUGGGCCAGAGGAAGAGGAAGAAGAGGACUUUGAUGACCUCACCCAAGAUGAGGAAGAUGAGAUGUCAUCAGCUUCUGAGGAAUCUGUGCUUUCUGUCCCAGAACUCCAGGAAACAAUGGAGAAACUGACUUGGCUAGCAUCUGAAAGGCGCAUGAGUCAGGAGGUUGAGUCUGAAGAAGAGAAUUCUCAGGAGGAGAACUCUGAGCCAGAAGAAGAGGAAGAAGAAGAAGCAGAAGGAAUGGAAAGCCUGCAGAAAGAGGAUGAAAUGACUGAUGAAGCAGCUGGGGACUCUGCUGAGAAGCCUCCUUCUACUUCUGUGUCACCUGAGACUGCUCCAGAAGUGGAGACCAGCAGAACCCUGCCAGGAGAGAACAUCAAAGCUGCUGGAAAGGGCCGGAGCAAGCAUCGAGCUCGCAACAAGCGGGGAAGUCGGGCUCGGGCCAGCAAGGACACCUCCAAGCUGCUGUUGCUGUAUGAUGAGGACAUUCUCGAGCGAGAUCCACUCAGGGAGCAGAAGGACUUGGCCUUUGCUCAAGCUUAUCUGACCAGGGUACGAGAAGCCCUACAACAUAUCCCUGGCAAGUAUGAGGACUUCCUUCAGGUCAUCUAUGAAUUUGAGUCAAGUACCCAGAGACAGACAGCUGUAGAUCUCUACAAAAGCCUGCAAAUUCUGCUCCAAGAAUGGCCUCAGCUGUUGAAAGACUUUGCCGCUUUCCUGUUACCCGAACAAGCUCUGGCCUGUGGAUUAUUUGAGGAGCAGCAGGCUUUUGAGAAGAGCCGCAAGUUCCUUCGGCAGCUGGAGAUCUGCUUUGCAGAGAACCCCUCACACCACCAGAAGAUCAUCAAGGUCCUCCAAGGCUGUGCAGACUGCCUUCCCCAGGAGAUCACCGAGCUUAAGACACAGAUGUGGCAGCUUCUCAAGGGCCAUGACCACCUACAGGAUGAGUUCUCUGUCUUCUUUGACCACUUGCGCCCAGCAGCUAGCCGGAUGGGUGACUUUGAAGAGAUCAAUUGGACUGAGGAGAAGGAGUAUGAGUUUGAUGGCUUUGAAGAAGUGGCGCUUCCUGAUGUGGAAGAAGAGGAGGAGCCCCCCAAGAUACCCACAGCCUCAAAGAACAAAAGAAGAAAAGAGAUUGGGGUCCAAAAUCAUGAUAAGGAGACUGAGUGGCCAGACGGGGCCAAGGACUGUGCCUGCUCCUGCCAUGAAGGAGGUCCAGAUUCCAAGCUGAAGAAGAGCAAAAGGAGGAACUGUAGCCACUGUGGCAGCAAGGUCUGUGACAGCAAAUCCUACAAGAGCAAGGAGCUCCAUGAGUUGGUGGGCAGCAGCCCCCACCAAGAGGCUAGUCCUAUGCCUGGUGCUAAGGACGCGGGGCAGAGCAAGGAUGUGAUGGAAGAGGAAGUCCCAGAGGAGCGGGAGAGCAGUGAGGCCACCCACAGCAGGACUGUCAGGACCACCAGAAAGGGAGAGACGCCCGUUUCAGGAUUGGCAGUGGGGGGCACUUUGCCGUCCCCUCGAGAAGUGACUCUUACAGAGCGGCUCCUGGAUGGCCCACCACCUCAUUCACCAGAGACUCCUCAGUUUCCCCCCAAAACUGGAGCUGUACUAUACACUGUUAAGAGAAACCAGGUUGGGCCUGAGGUUCUCCCCUGCGCCAAGGCAUCCCCCAGACUUCAGAAAGAGAGAGAGGGCCAAAAGGCCGUGGGUGAGUCAGAGGCUUUGAUGCUGGUCUGGGAUGCAUCCGAAACUGAGAAAUUGCCUGGUACCGUGGAAACCCCCGCUUCCUUCCUGAAUCCUGUUUCCUCAAAGACCAGAGAUGCAGGGAGAAGACAUGUGUCCGGGAAACCAGAGACUCAAGAGAGAUGGCUGCUCUCAAGCAGAGCUAGGGUGAAGACAAGAGACAGGACGUCCCCUGUUCAUGAAUCUCCAUCAGGAAUUGAUACCUCAGAGACUUCUCCCAAAGCCCCUAGAGGGGGUUUGGCUAAAGACAGUGGAACACAGGGCAAGGGUCCAGAGGGGGAGCAGCAGCCAAAGGCCACAGAAGCUACAGUGUGUGCCAACAACAGCAAGGUCAGCUCCACGGGGGAAAAGGUGGUCCUGUGGACAAGGGAAGCUGACCGUGUGAUCCUCACCAUGUGCCAGGAGCAAGGGGCACAGCCACAGACCUUCAGCAUCAUCUCCCAGCAGCUGGGAAAUAAGACCCCUGCUGAGGUUUCCCACCGUUUUCGAGAACUCAUGCAGCUCUUCCACACUGCCUGUGAGGCCAGCUCUGAGGAUGAGGAUGAUGCGACCAGUACCAGCAAUGCAGACCAGCUCUCUGACCAUGGGGACCUUCUAUCUGAAGAGGAGCUGGAUGAAUGAGACUCUGGGAAUGCUUGGGUAUCAGCUACACAGGACCAAACCCAACAGGCGCCCUGACACCAGCGAGGAGGGGAGCUGCACUCUCCCUGUACAACCCUUGCACCCGGUUUACAAAGCUGGACGGCAGGGGCCCAGGACGAGGACAAAGGCUGGAGGUUGGAGCCGGGCCCAGGGGCUGUGCCAUCCUGGGCAUCCUUCAAGGUCUUUUAUGAAAACCUUACGGAUGUGCUCUGUAAAUAGCAUCGAGUGAGAGUGGAGCUCAGGUCCUUUCUCUACCUUUUUUUGCUCUGACGGCAUAUAUUUAUUGUUCUGUGGUCUAAUCACAGGGUUUCUAAACGUAGUAAGUGCGUAUGUUGGUGUCGCUAGUCUUGCCACACAGCUUCUCUGCACAGAGACCUGCAUCCAGCCGUUGUUACUGCCAGCUAGCGCCUCCCCAACACUGGGAACUUGAGUCCACGAGGCUGUCAGUCAGUCACCGUCCCGGUAGCACUGGGCCAGGCUUCGCAGCUCCUGCAGCAGCUCUGCUACGUCGUCGUGCUCCACUCCGGCAUCCAUGAAGCUGGCCCAGCGCCGCACAUCGAGUUUGGUGAGGUCUCCGGCCAAGGCUUCCAGAGUCCGGUGCAGGGACGAAGAGGAACACAGUGCCCCAAACACUGGGAUGCUCUCCACUGCUGUGGAGGGAGAGAGAAGCCAGACCUGUAGGUGGAUUAUUCUACCCCAGGGCUCUGUCAAACUGAUAAGGAAGUCCACCCUUGGCAGUCUUGAUUGUAAACUCAGUAAAUUUUGUGUACUGCCCCCCUUAGUACACCAGUACUCCAGAGGAAGAACACUUCUUGGGAGCCAUAGGGUGAAUAAAGGAAUGGUUAACUGUGG